AUGACCGAGAAAGACGAAAACCAGCCCUUACCCAACCACUCGGGCUCUCACAGAUACGAUCACGACGCUAUCAGUAUACAGAGCAGCCUAUCUGACACCCCAACAGCUCGAGAUACUACUCCUGAAAAGCUUGGCGAAUCUCUAAAUAAUGGAAUAUCAGAUCAAGCUGAUGAAGGAGUUCUGGGUGACCCCGAGAACAUGACUAGAGUCUCCAGCGGACCAGCAUACAGCACUUUCUCAAAAAACACGAAGAGAUGGAUAUUGGCCUUGGUCACUGCCGCUAGUUUCGUCUCUCCCAUGACAGCCAAUAUCUAUUUCCCUGCGCUAAACCCAAUUGCCAACGACCUGAACAUUUCCAUCUCACUUAUCAACCUCACUUUGACAUCCUAUAUGAUCUUCCAGGGGUUGUCGCCCACCAUAUUCGGUGAUUUUGGCGACAUGGCAGGACGUCGGCCCGCUUACAUCGUUGCAUUUUCUAUUUACAUAGGCGCCAAUAUCGGUUUGGCUUUGCAGCGGAACUUUGUUGCGCUCUUGAUCUUGCGGUGUGUCCAAAGUGCUGGUAGCAGCGGCACCCUGGCUCUCGGUUACGCUGUCGUGGCCGACAUUUCAUCAACAGGCGAGAGGGGAAAAUACAUGGGAAUUGUUGGAGCAGGAAUCAAUAUCGGGCCUGCUCUUGGGCCUUUGCUGGGUGGUAUAUUGAGUCAAUACCUUGGGUGGUCUGCCAUCUUUUGGUUUUGCGCCAUCUUCUCUGCAACCUGGAUGAUCCCUUUCAUCCUCUCCGCCCCCGAGACAUGCCGCAACGUCGUUGGCAACGGGUCAAUAGCGCCUCAGAAAUGGAACAGGACAUUGCUCGAUAUUUACAGUAAUCGGGGGGGUGUCCCGGACCAAAAUGUCCCGAAAAGAAAACUCAAGUUUCCAAACCCCUUGAAGACGCUGUACAUCGUCUUCGAUAAGGAGAUGGCUAUUAUCUUAUGCAUCAACGCGAUCAUCUAUAUCGCUUUCAUCCUGACAGCAGCGACUUUAUCAACACUCUUCAAAGAAAUUUAUGGAUACAAUGACCUCCAGGUUGGUCUUUGCUAUUUGCCUUACGGUUUCGGCUGUGCCUUUGCUAUUGUUGCCCAAGGACGCGUCUUGGACUGGAAUUAUCGACGGAUUGCAAAAAGGAUUGGCUUUACUAUCGACAGAAAACGUGGGAACGACUUGGCAAAGUUCCCAAUCGAAACAGCGCGCAUCCAGGUUAUAUAUCCUAUAUUGCUCGCUGGCAUUGUUACGCUCAUCGGAUACGGCUGGGCUCUGCAAGUUGAGACUAGCGUUGCUGUCCCACUUGUUCUAGUGUUCCUCAUCGGCACGUUCGUACCAACUUCUUUUAGUGUUCUCAACACUCUGAUUGUCGAUCUGAACCCCAGUGCACCAGCUACAGCAACUGCUGCCAAUAAUCUUGUGCGUUGUAUGUUUGGAGCUGCAUCUACUGCGGCUAUCGACCAUAUGAUCGAGGGAAUGGGAAGAGGUUGGUGCUUCACAUUCCUUGCGUUACUCAACCUAGCUAUGAUUCCACUCCUGAGACUUGUCGAUAAAAAAGGUAUGGGAUGGAGAACGGCAAAAGCAAAACGAGAAGCAUUGAAGGCAACAUAA